AUGAAGUCCGAUUUCAAGUUUUCAAACUUGUUAGGAACUGUGUAUAGACAAGGAAAUUUAGUCUACACCGAAGAUGGUACUAAAUUAUUAAGUCCAGUCGGUAAUAGAGUAUCAUGCUUCGACUUGAUAAAUAAUAAGUCAUUUACUUUUAAUUAUGAACAUAGAAGAAAUAUAUCCAGAAUUGCGUUGAAUAAACAGGGGACGUUACUUUUGUCGGUCGAUGAAACGGGAAGAGCCAUUUUGGUGAACUUUGUUUCGAGAACUGUGUUGCAUCAUUUCAACUUCAAGGAUAAGGUAUUGGACUUGCAGUUCAGCCCUGACGGGCACUAUUUUGCCAUUGCAUGUAACCGAUUCAUUCAGGUAUGGAAAACACCAGAUUUCACUGAAGAUCGACAAUUUGCACCAUUUGUUCGUCAUAGAGUAUAUGCUGGCCAUUACAGUGAUGUUACAUCCGUUACUUGGUCAAAUGAUUCGAGAUUUUUCAUAUCAACAUCCAAGGACAUGACGUCGAGAAUUUUUUCAUUGCUGUCUAAAGAAAAGGAAGUAGCGAUGACGUUGGCUGGACAUCGUGACUAUGUCAUUAAGGCAUUCUUCAACGAGACCCAGGAAAUUAUAUAUACUAUAAGUAAAGAUGGUGCAUUAUUUCAAUGGGAAUACACUGAAAGACCAUCCGACGAAUCGGAUGAAGAAGAAGAGGAAAGCGAUAGUGAUAGCGAAAUGAAUGACGAUGUAGUAAAGAACAAGAAGCCAAUGAGCUGGAGAAUUACUGCUAAGAAUUUUUUCCAUUCUAAUGCAAACGUCAAAUGUGCCACAUUCCAUGCUAAGUCGAAUUUAUUGAUUGUCGGUUUCACUAACGGUGAAUUCAGAUUAUACGACUUGCCGGAAUUCAAUAUGAUUCAACAAUUGAGCAUGGGACAGAAUGCAGUCAAUACGGUGAAUAUUAAUAAGACUGGUGAAUGGCUCGCAUUUGGAUCGUCCAAACUUGGUCAAUUGUUGGUUUAUGAAUGGCAAUCUGAAUCAUAUAUUUUGAAGCAGCAAGGUCACUUCGAUUCCAUGAAUGCAUUAUGCUAUUCUCCUGAUGGUUCCAGAAUAGUAACUGCAUCUGAUGAUGGGAAAAUAAAGAUUUGGGAUGUUGCAUCUGGUUUCUGUUUAAUGACUUUCCAAGAGCAUACGUCUUCUGUUACAGCAGUCCAGUUUGCUAAAAAAGGUCAAGUAUUAUUUUCGUCAUCCUUAGAUGGAACAAUCAGAGCAUGGGAUUUAAUUAGAUUUAGAAACUUCAGAACAUUCACAGCUACAGAAAGAGUUCAAUUUAAUUCAUUAGCUGUUGACCCAAGUGGAGAAGUUGUGGUUGCAGGGUCCCAAGAUACUUUUGAAAUAUAUGUCUGGUCUGUUCAAACAGCACAGCUUUUAGACUCAUUAACAGGACAUGAAGGACCAAUCUCGUGUUUAGCGUUUGGUACCGAAAACUCGGUAUUAGCAUCAGCAUCAUGGGAUAAGACAAUCAGAGUUUGGAAUAUUUUUAGCAGAUCGCAACAAGUGGAACCAAUUGAAAUUCAAUCGGAUGUUUUAAGUAUUGCAUUGAGACCUGAUUCAAAAGAAGUAGCAGUGACUACUUUAGAUGGACAUAUCACUAUAUGGGAUGUGGAAGACGCAAAACAAGUACACCUUAUAGAUGGUAAGAAGGAUAUUAUUGGAGGAAGAUACUUGGAGGACAGAUUCAGUGCUAAGAAUCUGGCUAGAUCUAAGUACUUUACAACUUUAAACUAUUCAUUUGAUGGCUUAUCGUUGGUUGCUGCUGGUAAUAACAAUUCUAUUUGUCUUUAUGAUAUUUCCAACGAAGUUUUAUUGAAGAGAUUUACUGUAUCCCAAAAUAUGCAAUUAAAUGGUACAUUAGGUAUGCUUAAUAGUUCGAGAAUGACUGAAGCAGGCUCUCUUGAUCUCAUUGAUAGAGAUGGAGAAAAUUCCGAUUUAGAAGAUAGAAUAGAUACUUCAUUACCGGGAUCGCAUAAAGGUGACCCAAGUGCAAGAAACAUUAGACCAGAAAUCAGGGUUACUUCCAUAUCUUUCUCUCCUACCCUGUCAGCAUUUUCGGCUGCAUCUACCGAAGGGUUAUUGGUCUAUUCGGUCGACAAUACAUUAAUUUUCGACCCAUUUGAUUUGGAUAUCGAUAUUACUCCUGAAGCUACAAUUGAAACAUUGAAUGAAAAAGACUACUUGACGGCUCUUGUAAUGGCCUUCAGAUUGAAUGAAAAUUACCUUAUCCAUAAAGUGUAUGAAUCGAUACCGAUCAAAGAUAUAAAGUUAGUAACUAAUGAUUUACCAAUCGUGUAUCUUGACAGAAUGUUACAAUUUGUGGGGAAGCUUUCGUUGAACUCACCUCAUUUGGAAUUCAACUUGCUUUGGAUUCAAAAUUUACUCACCAGCCACGGGAAAUAUAUCAAUAACAAUAAGAGCGACUUUACCAGCUCGUUGAGGUUACUUCAAAGAUUCCUUGCUAGAAUUGCCAAGGACGUAGUAAGCAUUUCGAAGAAGAAUGGAUACGCCUACUCCUUCUUGACUACAAAGCCAGAUAUCCAGGACGCCGAAGUCGAAGCGGAAGACGAAUCAGAGGAAUUUGAAACGGCACAAAAUAUACAAAUCGACGGCAGCGACGAUGAAAAUGGCAUUAUAGAGGACGAGGACGACGAAGGAUGGUUCGGCAUCGAAGAGAAAAAUACCAAAUCCGACGUUUUCAACUCUAACGAGUCGGAUUCGGACUCGGACUCAGACGAGUCCAUGGAGUGA